UGUGAGCUCACUGGCAGCUCAGGAGACACAAGGGCAGUAGAGGGUUGCAGGCAUUGUGGGGAGAUUGAUGCAGACUUCCUUUCCAUUACAGCAAGUAAAUCAAAGGAGAUAAGAAGUUUAAUUAAAACCAGGCUUCCUUGCUUGUCAGAUAAAACAGUAGUACUGCAACCUCGCAUCCUUCCGGAAACUUCUGAAGCUUGAACGCCAAGACAGCCAUGGCAGCCGCCCACCGUCUAGUGAUCGUGCGUCACGGGGAGAGCAGCUGGAACCAGGAGAAUCGCUUCUGCGGCUGGUUCGACGCGGACCUCAGCGAGAAGGGCACGGAGGAAGCCAAGCGCGGCGCCAAGGCCUUGAAGGACGCAGGCUACCAGUUCGACGUGUGUUACACCUCCGUCCUGAAGAGGGCGAUACGCACGCUCUGGGCCAUCCUGGAGGGCACCGACCAGAUGUGGCUGCCGGUGAUCCGCACCUGGAGGCUGAACGAGCGCCACUACGGGGGUCUGACUGGCCUCAACAAGGCUGAGACUGCGGCCAAGCAUGGGGAGGAGCAGGUCAAGAUCUGGAGGCGCUCCUUCGACAUCCCACCACCCCCCAUGGACAAGGAGCACCCCUAUUACCAGAACAUCAGCAUGGAGAGGCGCUAUGCAGGGCUCAAGCCAGGUGAGCUGCCCACCUGUGAAAGCCUGAAGGACACGAUCGCUCGGGCGCUACCCUUCUGGAAUGAGGAAAUCGCCCCGCAGAUCAAAGCGGGCAAGAGAGUGCUCAUCGCUGCCCAUGGCAACAGCCUGCGAGGCAUCGUCAAGCACCUGGAGGGCAUGUCUGACGCUGCGAUCAUGGAGCUCAACCUGCCCACUGGCAUCCCCAUCGUGUAUGAGCUGGACGCAAACCUGAAGCCCAUCAAACCCAUGCAGUUCCUGGGAGACGAGGAGACAGUGCGCAAGGCAAUGGAGGCUGUGGCAGCACAGGGCAAGGUCAAGAAGUAGAAUGGAGGCUCAAACACAACACACACCAACCUACACAGAAACACACAGGCACACACAAUCAGACAGGCAUACCAUACAAACACAACACACACACCAACCUACACAGAAACACACAGGCACACACAAUCAGACAGGCAUACCAUACAAACACAACACACACACCAACCUACACAGAAACACACAGGCACACACAAUCAGACAGGCAUACCAUACAAACACAACACACACACCAACCUACACAGAAACACACAGGCACACACAAUCAGACAGGCAUACCAUACAAACACAACACACACACCAACCUACACAGAAACACACAGGCACACACAAUCAGACAGGCAUACCAUACAAACACAACACACACACCAACCUACACAGAAACACACAGGCACACACAAUCAGACAGGCAUACCAUACAAACACAACACACACACCAACCUACACAGAAACACACAGGCACACACAAUCAGACAGGCAUACCAUACAAACACAACACACACACCAACCUACACAGAAACACACAGGCACACACAAUCAGACAGGCAUACUAUACAAACACAACACACACACCAACCUACACAGAAACACACAGGCACACACAAUCAGACAGGCAUACCAUACAAGCAGGCACACAGACACAAACGCAGACACACACAAUGUGACAAACAUAUACAAACAGACACACUGACAUAUACACACAGGGACACAGACACACUAUACAGAUCCUUUAUAACACCUCCUUUUUAAGAUAGUUUGACCAUUUGCCUGCAGGUUCAUCUGGACAGUUUGGGACAGCUCUGUUUUUUGGUUCUUAAAUCACAAUGCAGUCUGUUAGUUGUGGUGGUCAUGCAUCUCUAAAGAAAAAAGAGAGACAGUUAAAAUGCACCUGAAUACAUCAGAAUACCUGAACUGCCACAAACUGUCCCUGGAGUCAUACUGUCACCCAAACUGUGAUGCAAUAUAAAGAGGCUGAACCCGCCACAAACUGUCCCAGUGAAUCUGGAGUCAUACUGUCACCCAAACUGUGAUGAAUUAUAAAGAGGCUGAACCCGCCACAAACUGUCCCAGUGAAUCUGGAGUCAUACUGUCACCCAAACUGUGAUGAAUUAUAAAGAGGCUGAACCCGCCUCUGCUGCUUGUCUUUCUAAUGUGAGGUCAGCUAGGGGUGGAUAAAGCUGUUUGGAUUUACUUCACUUUCUGUACCUGAUUCUUCCCAAUGUCCACGACAAUGAAAUAAAGGUUCAUUUGACAAA